AUGCAGGGACAGAUUCUUGAUCCAUUGACGAUGACUGAUGAUCCGGAAAGGGUGUACCCGGCUCCGACAAUAGCCGAUAACGGGUCAGAUAAAGAAGCCAGCAGUUUGGGACCUUCAGCUCCAGUUGCAGCUGCCAGCUCUAGGGCCAUAGCCGAGGAUGGACGCACCAGGAAGAAGCGUCUCCAACUGAGCUGCGGCGAAUGCAGAAGAAAAAAGCUCUCCUGUGAUCGAAACCGGCCUUGCCGCAGGUGCGUGAGGACGGGAAGGGCAGACCAAUGCGAGUUUGAAACAAAGCCAAGGCUCGGUCUGCCGCCGGUGGAUAACAGCGCGCAAUUGGACCAGAUCAAAUCCAACCAUUCCGAGAUUCUCAAUCUUCGGAGUGAGCUUUUUCAGCUGAGAGAGCUGCUAUCACGGCCGGGUCCUCAGCAGGGACGAGAUGAGAGCGUCGAAAAUGUCCAAGUCGAUGAAGUCUCCAAGAGAAGCGCCGAAAUUGAGGCCAAAGAAGCCAUUUCGAGCAGCCGGAACAUCAUUAGCACUAACAAUGAUAGCCCACCUGAUCCAAGAGACAAAUCCCCGCGGGGAUACUAUAGACGGCAUACUCUCUUGCGAUUCUUCUCAGAGAUCCCACAACUCUUCCCAUUCAUCAAGGAAACAGCUGAUCAAUGGCUUAAACCCUAUGGAAUCUACAUCAAGAAGAACAAAUCGGCCAGAGAUGAUGGCUGGAGAAUGAAGAUGGUGUCCCAAGAGCAGCCCCUGUUAGCAAAUCAUUUACCGCCAAAAGGCGACACAGAUGCACUCGUCGCGAUAUAUCUCAACAAUUUCGAACAGCUUCAUCGUAUAGUGCAUGUUCCAACUUUCAGCAGGGAGUAUAUGAAUUUCUGGACGCCUGGGAGAACGCGAUAUCCAACAAUGGCAGCCAUGAUUCUCUCCAUGCUUGCUGUCUCAAUUAGUGCCGCUCCUCAACUUGCUGGUUCUUCGCCAAUUCCAACCGUCUAUCGACACAUGUCUGAACAAUGGAUUGCUGCGGUUGACGAUUGGCUAAGGCUACAGAGCUCAAAGCAUCGCAAGCUUGUGCACUAUCAAGUGUCCUGCUUGAUAUAUAUUGCUAGAAGAAUGCACGUGAUUAACAAGAAGAGGUUUUGGAAAGAUACUGGGUCUCUAAUUCAAGAUGCCAUCACAGAUGGGCUGCAUCGCAAUCCCCCUUUGACGGACACUCUUUUCAUAAGGGAGUUGAAGAAGCGGAUAUGGUUUACCGUUCGCGAAAUGGAGCUUCAGAACUCAUUCGAAUGCGGCCUACUGACUCUUCUCCAUAACAUUGAGUGCGACGUCGAGGCACCUGUCAAUCUUGCAGACGAUGAUUUUGAUGAUGCAACCGUGCACUCCCCCAUUGAAAGACUGCCAAACUACUACACAGAAUCCUCCUAUCAGUUCCACAGCUUCCGAAGUUGGUCACUCCGCCUCGAGAUCUCACGUCGACUUUUUGGGUCAGGAGCUUUUAGGAUUCCCGAGUACGACGAAGUCCUGCGCUACACUCAUGAGAUAACAAAGGCAAUCAAUGAUCUCCCGCCUUGGGGAAGCUGCAGGGCUGGCGACAAAAGGGACCCAUAUCUCUUCUUGACGUUUUCAAUGUUGGAGUUUCAGCUCAAGGAGUGUCUUUUAGCUCUGCAUCGACCGUACAUCGAUAGGGAUGAUGGGAAAUAUCCACUUUCAGAGAAUAUUUGCUAUCAAACAUCACGCGAGAUACUUCUUUCGAAUAUCGGACUUGCGAAUCUAGGAGUGCAGAGCCUAGCACAGCUUCGGGAAGAUUUGUCUAUUGCGUCGCUGCAUAUGACUCGCAUCACCCUGCUACAGCCAGAAGGCUCAGCUAGCAUCAUCAUGUCAAAUGCAAUGUCGACUAUCGACCUGCUCGAGCAAUGUCUCCCCAUAAUAGACGAAAAAUAUCUUCGCGUCGCUGAUCCCUGGAUAUUUUUCAUCAUGUGCACGGCCAUCAUGCUUAUCAAGAUGCAUCUCGGGAAAGAGUCUCGGCAGACAGCCAAGUCGUCUUGCGCACGUAGAUUCCUCGAUUUGUACUACAAGAAUGUGUGGAUGCGGCAACCCGCGGAUCUUGCUCAGCAGCAGGCGAUUACUCAAGACAUUGUCAACCAAACAAAUGUUGCCGCCUGUCCGCCACCUUCUGCGGACGGCAGUGCUCUCCCUACAUCAGUAUGGCUCGACAGUAGCUAUCCCGAUAUUGGAAAUGAUCCGUUCGAUCUCGCUGUCGGGCUAGACGACGUAUGGGACGAAUCGGGAUUUCCACUGCCGGGGUUUCCAAACUGCUAA